AUGAUCACAAGCACGGUUGAGAUAGCGGCACCACCCGCCAAAGUGCGCGACAUUCUGCUCAAUUUCUCAGCAUACCCGGAAUGGCAUACGGAAUGGCUGAAGGGGAUUGAGCUCAAGGACACCACCAAGACCCCGCAGCAGCUUUCCUCAGGGGACAAAAUUGAGGUCAACAUUGAGAAUUUCAAGUUUGUCGCCGAAGUCAGGGAGAACACUGAGAGCUUGUUUUCUUGGCAAGGCCCGCCCGUGUUUACCAUUGCUGGAUUGCACAAAUUCCAUAUCGAACCGGCCAAUGAUGGUGCUUCGACUGUUUUCACGCAGUCUGAGGAUCUCAAAGGUCUCCUUGCGUUCAUUAUGAGCCCUUCUCUGCUUGGGAAGAAGAUGCGUGCUCACUUCGAUAUCUUCCACAGGGAUCUCAAGGCCCGCGCUGAAUUGGCGUGA